CUGAAAUAUAUUUGCAACUAGUGUCCUGUCCGAGUCAAAAUAGAAAUGAAAAGACUCAAUUUGGAGUUGAAUGUUAUUUCUACGGGUCACAAGUGUUCUUUAAAUCCACUUCUUACGGUUAAAUUAGUCAUUAAGACAUCUGCUUUGAUUAUUUGUCCUGCUGUUUUACACAUUUAUGCUUUCUGAUGAUUGCAUCAUAUUUGCAAUUGAUUAUUAUAAUAAUUUAUAUUAAUUUAUACAGUAAUAACUGAACUUUGUCUUGUAAAGCAAACCAAAUAAUCUUACAAGCUCAUAGGCCGUAUGUCUUUCUGAAGACUUAGCUCUAGUACACCAAUAACAGAAAAUCAGCCAGUAUGUGGUUGCAAAUGAAUUUGACACAAGAUAGAUGGAAGAGUAAAUAACAAGGAGAACCAGUAACAACUGGUGAGCUGAAUUUGCUUUUGUUUUCCUUUGCAGUUUUGGGCACAGUCGUCUGUAGAAACUGUGUGGAUCCCUCUCUUUUAAUUAGUUUAAUUUUGUUGGAGAUGCCUCAUUAUAACACUCAAGCUUUUAAGUCUUGAAAUAGCAGACUGCUAUUGCAGUUUCUGGAAAGUUGAAAAUUUUUAGUCUUAUUAAAAGUGUGAAAUUUGAUGGCUUGUGAUGUAUGUAUGGCACUAGAUAAAAAGUUGACUCAUGUAUAAAUGAUAAAAUAUGUAUUUAGUAAUUAACCAUCUCUGUGUUUCUUUGAAAUAUUAAGGGGAAAAUAAAUCAGAAGGCAUCCAACUAAACAGAUUGAGGAUCUCAUUUUGCAUUAUUUAAAAGAACACAGUCUCUAUUUUAACGUGGAAAAAGUUAGAAGAUUCAUGAAUUGGAGAUUGUGAUCUGGAGUUGUGGAGAAUUCACAGUCUUUCCACAAUGGGAGAAAGGACAGAUUGUAUGAAGUCGCAUAGUUCACUGGCUGAAUACAGCCCCGUCAAUAAAUCAGACAGGACAGAUCCAAGUGACAGCUGUGAAAUGCAGGAUGGAAACCAAAAUACAAUGCAACUGAAGAAAGAAAUAUCUUUGAUAAAUGGGAUAAGCCUUAUAGUAGGCAACAUGAUUGGUUCAGGUAUCUUUGUCUCUCCCAAAGGAGUUCUCAUCUACAGCAAAUCUUACGGAUUGUCUCUAAUAAUUUGGGCAAUCGGAGGGAUUUUUUCAGUCUUUGGAGCUCUCUGCUAUGCUGAACUUGGAACCACUAUUACAAAGUCAGGAGCCAGCUACGCAUAUAUCUUGGAGUCUUUUGGGAGCUUCAUCGCUUUUAUUCGUUUGUGGACCUCACUCCUAAUUGUUGAGCCAACUAGUCAAGCAAUUAUUGCCAUCACCUUUGCUAACUACAUAGUUCAACCUUUCUUCCCUUCUUGUGAUCCUCCGUAUUUGGCUUGCCGUCUCAUAGCAGCUGCUUGUGAAUGUCUUCUAACAUUUAUAAAUUGUGCCUACGUUAAAUGGGGAACACGGGUGCAGGAUAUAUUUACUUAUGCUAAAGUCACUGCUCUUAUUGUCAUCAUCAUAACCGGACUUGUUAAAAUAUGCCAGGGACAUUCAUCGCACUUUGAGAACUCUUUUGAGGGAUCCUCUUUUGAUAUCGGAGACAUUUCCCUCGCGCUUUAUUCUGCCUUGUUCUCUUACUCUGGUUGGGAUACACUCAAUUUUGUAACGGAAGAGAUCAAAAACCCAGAAAGGAACUUGCCACUGGCUAUUGCAGUGUCUAUGCCAAUUGUGACUGUUAUCUAUAUUAUGACCAAUAUAGCUUACUAUACAGUGCUGGAUAUCGAAGCCGUUCUUUCUAGUGAUGCUGUGGCAGUGACAUUUGCUGACCAGGUGUUUGGUAUCUUCAGCUGGACAAUUCCCAUUGCUGUAGCCUUUUCUUGUUUUGGUGGACUUAAUGCUUCAAUUCUAGCAUCAUCAAGGCUAUUUUUUGUAGGCUCUAGGGAAGGUCACCUUCCUGAUCUGUUGUCGAUGAUCCACAUAGGGAGGUUCACACCUGUGCCAGCUCUGCUGUUCAAUUGUGCUAUGACCCUUAUUUACCUGGCUGUGGAAGAUGUCUUCAAGCUUAUUAAUUACUUCAGUUUCAGUUACUGGUUUUUUGUUGGUCUGUCUAUUGCUGGGCAAUUAUAUCUACGUUGGAAGGAACCAGAUCGACCCAGGCCUCUUAAGCUGAGUGUGGCUUUCCCAAUAAUAUUCUGUAUAUGCACGGUAUUUCUGGUGGUAGUGCCACUCUAUAGUGACACUAUAAAUUCAUUGAUUGGAAUUGCCAUUGCUUUAUCUGGAAUUCCAGUGUUUUUCUUGGGAGUCUAUUUACCUGCAUCAAGGAGACCUCAGUUUAUCAACAAGAUUUUAGGUGCAGUCACACGAAACAUGCAGCUGCUCUGUUACUGUGUUUUAACAGAGAUGGACACAAAUGAAGAAAAGAAGUUAGAAAUCAAAUCCAACUAAGAUUUCAAAGCCAUUACAAGAAACAGGAGGGAGGAUAAAGCAAUUAUGACAACAAAACGGAAGAGAUGGAACUGGAAAAAAUGGGAAAACUGUUUCUAGUGGUCUUUCAGAAACACUGAAAAUGUACUUACUUGCAGUUGGAUUCCCACAUAAAUCAUGCCCUCGCAUCACCCUCCCUGAACUGUGGCAUAUUUUCGGGGCAUGUUUUCAUUGGAUAAUGAUUACCUACUCAUUUCAGGCACACAAGCUAUGCGUCAAUACUGAUCCUUCUUCAGAAUUGGUAUUAAAAUGGUAAGAGCUAAUGGAUCAAAUCAGAUUUCUGCAGAACCAGGCGGUGAAGUAAUGCAUUUUUAAGUUAGACUGAAAACCACUUUGACUCAAAAGACCACAAGUCAUUUCCAGCUUAAUUCUGAUGGAUGUUUGCAUGAAGUGAUUUGCUGUGCUAUCUCAGUUCUUACCCCAGAAGACAACUGGUCACAACAAACUACCUAAUUUGUCAUUCUUAGUAGAAAAAUGAAUAAAGUUGCGCUACAUUAUUUAAAGACUGAA